AUGGGUUUCAGCAUCUUCGACAAGAUCCAGGCCAAGCUGGAGCUUCUGCGCCUUGAGAAGCGCUACACUCGCUCCCGCCACCGUCGCUCUGCCUUCAUCUCCAAUGCUGUCUACGUCGAUGGCGAGUACGUCCUCCAGACGCCCAACAGCACCGGCUCCUCGACCUCGACGACGGGCACCAAUGCUCUGCACGGUAACAAGGCUGGCGCUGCUUCCCCCCCGGCCCCCGAUGCCUUCUCGGAAGACGAGGAGGACGCCUACAAUGGCAACACCAACACUCGCCACAACGACGAUGACCAGGACAACAUGAACUCCAUCUACCGGCCUCCCAAGCUCCCGAGCAAGCGGUUUUCCCUCUUCAAUCUUGCCUCCCCUCCCCCCCCUCCCACCGACGACUUUUUUGCCCCUACGCCACGCAAAACGGAUAUCGACGCCGAGGAGCGCCAGCGUCGGCGCCUGAACCGUCACAGCUCCAUGCCUGGCUUCGGCGGCACCUACGAUGUCUCCAAAUCUACCUCGAGGUUCUCAGAGCGACGGCUUAGCAUGAUUCGAUAA